AUGUUGAAAAGUGACAGCAAGAGUCUUUUCUCAGGAACACCCAUCCUCUACGCUGAGGGCCAGUUCGUGGCGUGUCAUUUCAGCCCCUCUAACUAUGUGCCUUUCAGAAAGAUUGGAAGGAAGCACCUUGAAGAAGAACUUCGAAGAGCGAUGUGUACAGAAGACCGUCGGACAGACGCCCACUUUGAGGUAGGAAAGAAUAGUCCAAUAGAGAUGAAAAAAAAAAAAAAAACACAGAGGAAAAACUUGAUCAAUAUCAGAAAUUAUUUAUACCAGUAUUUAACACUUUUUGACGUCAUCUGUGAUCUAUUACUGAACAGACGCACGGCAAUUUGGAAUCUAUUUGUUUUAUAUAAUAAAUAAUUUUAAAAAGUUUUAAUGAUGACGUCAUCUAUACGUCUGUCCUCCAAUAGAUCAUAAGUGAGAACCAAUCAGAAUGCGUGCAUAACUGAGCUUGUUAUAUAAAAAAAUUUGUGCCCUUUGUUUAGUUAUCUGACAAAGUAUUGCAAAGUAUCGCAUGCCGUCUUAGCCAAAGAGAUUUUGGGAAAAUACAUUAAUUUGCAAUUAUUUGAGUGUAGAUAAAUCUUCUCAACUUUGUUUUGCAAACUCUAUUUUUUUUCUACGCUCAUAACCCAUAUGGCUAAGCCAAUGAAAACUCGUGAGUUGCAUUAUCUAUUGAUCUAGUUUUUAAAAAUAAUUUUGAUUCCAGUGGCUGUGCAUUUGCUGUUAGUUUUGUUCUCUUUAUUAUCAAUAAGUGAUUUUGGGGUUAUGUUUUCCUUAAACAAUGCACUGAGGUUGCUUAAGCGUUGUUAAGCUUGUGUCGGGGCCUGGGACUUAGACCAACCCUUCCCCCACUAAGCAGGUUUUGGUUUUUUGUCAUGUAAAAGUACUUCAGUAGAGCGCGAAGCUCGUGCAGAAAAAGACCAACGUUUUGUUAUUAAAAGAAAAAAGGAGAGCAAAUAUAGCCUGGAAACAGCAGUGGCGGAUCCAGACCUUGAGCUAAGGGGGGUUUUUGUCGCUUGCCCUGCUGGCUUUUCUUCCUUCUGCAAUCCCUUUUUUUUUACCCGAAAAAAGGGGGCCCCUCCCUAGAUCCGCCUCUGAACAGUGUGUUUAUUAAACCGAGCUAACACUUGCAGUUAUGUCAACGCCAUCCUGAUAUAAUUUUGACUUUUCCUAAUUGAUUUCUUUUUUCCUUAUUAAUUUUAGAACAGCAAAAGGGAAGAGGAGGCCUGGAAAGAUAAUUAUGAAAUGGUUUAUCUAAAAGGUAGCUGUACAGCGGAAGAUUCGUCCAAGGAAAUCAUCCUUAACCAAAAAGAUCCAAAACAACAGAAGCAGCUUCAGCAGGGACUAACGCACUUCAUGGAAUUACUUCAAUGGAUUUCGCAGGAGGGCGACGAAUUUGUCUAUAUCGAAUCACUAAGAGACUCAAACGACGUUUUCAUUUUACUGAACGCCAUAGGAAGAUGUCGGAAUCCAGUUUUGAUUAACAUACUGAUUUGUGACAACGAACCGAACAAGAUCACUGUGUCUCUAUCAAAUGUGACCGUAAGUCUACAGAGUUUACUCUUCUGUAUGUUUCCAACCUAGUUCAGGAAAUUCAAGAUCAGUUUUGACGCGAUACUAUUCCUGAAAUAGCUGGAUCAGACACAGUUAGCGUUUGACACGUUCAGUUAAAUUUUUGUAACGCCUAGGAUAAAGCCUUCGCUGUGGCUUCUCAAAAGAACUUGCGAAUAGGCCCUAAUCACUAGUGCUGCAGGACGCACGUCUCUCCGCCCGCGGGAAGAUUUAAGACAAGUUGGGAAGAGGUUUGCUUAGGGUCUGGCACUGAUAACUAUCAUCGUCAAGGCCUCAUACUUUCUCAUGUUGAAGAAAAACUCGUGCGGGAACGUUCCUGCUAGGAGAUUAACAGCAAGCAUAUAUGUGCGAAAUUUAGAGCGUGGACAAAUAAGCAAUCACAUCUCUCACAAGUCCCAAGUUGCAUGUCUAAAUAUUCUUAAGGGUGUAGAUUCCUCCCUCAAGGCUUAACUCCAAAGCAUGUAUUUCUUAAAGGAAUCAAUGUUAACAUCUUUCAUUCAUAAGUUAAAAUUCAAAGUGGCUACGUAGGACAAGGUCUUGACAUGGUUGUUUUGGAAAACUACUUUGUAAAUCUUUUGCUUGUUUAUUUUGAAAGGAUUUGAAGGAGAAAACACUAAUAAACUUGUAGCCUGUCCCGUGUGCUCAGGUGGUAGAACGGGGC